UAUUUUGCUCAAAUGUUUAAGUUACCUCGAAACCUUUAAAGAAACGUUAUACUUUUUAGUGUGGUAGGGUCUGCAGUUUAAGUUAUUCGAAGAUAAGGUCUUGAAUAUCACGAGUGCGCAAUCGCAGAUAUUACACACACCUCUUUGAUGAUGUCAUAAGUUAAUCCAUAACAUAUAAUACAAAACCCAGGAACAGGUAGUGAAGUAAAUUCCUUAGAGUAAGAUGUCAACAAAAAUAACUGUGUGUAAAGAUGAGACAGAAAUUGUAAAAGAAUUAUGUAACUUGAUUGAAAAACAAUCAAACUGUUGUCUGGAAAAGACUAAUGAAUUUAAAGUUGGACUUUCAGGUGGCAGUCUGAUAAAGUAUUUGGUGAAUGGUUUACCAAGUGUGAAAACUGACUGGACAAAAUGGAGAUUUUUCUUUUGUGAUGAAAGACUGGUACCAUUUGAUGAUAAUGAGAGCACAUAUGGAGCGUACAAGCGUGACUUUUUAAGCCAUGUACCAGUGUUGGAGAACCAGUUUGUUGUCAUUGACCCUACUUUGGAAGUGGAGGCUGCUGCAGCUGAUUAUCAACAAAAAUUGGAAAAACAUUUCACCAUGGGUCAGUGGCCAAAGUUUGACCUGUUGUUGUUAGGUGUUGGACCAGAUGGACAUACAUGUUCCCUGUUUCCUGGCCAUCCUUUACUUAAGGAAGACAAAAAAUGGGUUGCUCCGAUUAAUGAUUCUCCUAAACCACCCCCAUGCCGAGUCACCCUGACCCUGCCUGUUCUAAAUAAUGCUCACUGUGUGAUUUUCUGCAGUACAGGAAAUAGCAAAGCAAGAACUAUCAAGCGAAUUCUUGAAGGAAAUGAAGCAUAUCCUCUGCCAGCAGCAUUAGUGAAACCUAGGGAAGGAAAGCUACACUGGAUACUGGAUGAGGGUGCUGCAGAAUGUUUGGAUAGGAACUGAAUAUCUCAAAUAUAAAUAAACGUUAAUCUUUAUGCAAGAACUAAUUGGUCUACAAAUUAGUUAUUUUGGAUAAUUAAAGAUAGUGUGGUGGAUUUGGAGUGAGAAAGGGACAUUAAAAACCAGAACAAUAAUGAUUAUUAUUAUUGUAUAUUAUCAAAUGGCAAAAAUGUAAAAAAAAUAUUGAAUCUAUAAUAUGCUGAGAAAACAUUCCUUGGAAAAUAAAAUGGCUUAUUUUUUU